AGAUGCGACCUGCCACGACUGUCAAUCUUUUGUGCGGAGACAAAGCGGGGCGCUCGUCAUUUCUCAGCGCUUUCGACGACUUCAAUGUCGAGAGCUGUCGAGAGCAUGGUAACCUCACGUCUGGUCGUCUCAUGGACAUGAUUGUAUACAUAGGGACAUUUAGUGGACCCCGCGGUCGUUACAUCGAGGCCAUUCCUGUCAACACACGACGUCUUCGCUUCCGACAUCACUGAUGGAUUUGCUGAGAUCUACAUUAUGUCCACCUUGCGCACCUUUUACCAGACACUCUUGGCUUCAACUGGCGCUAUAAAGGCUGCUCGAAGUCGUCGUGAAGGAACUCACCCUUCCUCAUCUUCUUCUGAGCCUAAGGAUGGUCAAGUCCCUCGCACCUCUCGCUCUCCUCGCGGCUGUUGCCGUCGCCACCCCCGUUGAGCUCGCUAAGCGCUCCGACCCGCUCGGUAUUGACGUCUCCGGCUACCAACCCUCCGUCGACUGGUCCACGGUCAAGUCCAACGGUGUCACUUGGGCGUACAUCAAGGCCACCGAGGGGACCACCUACACGAGCCCCUCGUUCAGCAGCCAGUACGACGGCGCUACCAAGGCUGGCAUCAUCCGUGGCGCGUACCACUUCGCGCACCCCGACUCCUCGACUGGUGCUGCCCAGGCCGACUACUUCGUCAAGAACGGCGGUGGCUGGUCUGGCGACGGUCUCACCCUCCCUGGCGCCCUUGACAUUGAGUACAACCCCUCUGGCGCCACCUGCUACGGUCUGAGCGCAUCCGCCAUGGUCUCCUGGGUCAAGUCCUUCUCCGACGAGUACCACUCCAAGACCAGCCGCUACCCCGUCAUCUACACCACCACCGACUGGUGGACCCAGUGCACGGGAAACAGCGCCAGCUUCGCGACCAACAACCCGCUCUGGAUCGCGCGUUACUCGUCCUCGAUCGGCACGCUCCCAGCCGGCUGGGACUACGCCACCUUCUGGCAGUACGCCGACUCGGGCUCGAACCCUGGCGACGCGGACAAGUUCAACGGUGACGCGGCCGGCCUCAAGAAGAUCGCGACUGGCUAAACGUCUUCGCAAGUAUAUAAGUAAUCUAUCUAUAUGUAACCUGUCAAGCGCUCGGCGAAUCAAAUAC